AUGGCUUCACAAUUGGACUCUGCGGCGCGGAAGAGACGCGAACCCUCAACCCAUGAACCUCAACCCCAUGCCAACGGGGAGUUCACGCCCAACGGAACAGUCUCGCAAUCUAACCCGAAGUCCGCGCCCUCUUCACCUGCGUCGCCUGAGGCGCCCUCAUCAACGACGCUUUCAAUCCUCCAGAUCUGGGCCCCUACCCUGAUCCUCAUCUUCGGUGGCUGCUGCUCCAACGUCUAUACGCUCGAGUCCCUGAUAUCUGCGUCGCCUUCGUCCGGCAGCCUCUUGACGGCGUCCCAAUUCCUGCUCGUCUCACUCUUCACUCUGCCGCGGCACUUCUCACCCUCACGCGGCGUCCGCAACCUCUUCCUCAAGGAACGCAAUAUCCCGAUCCGCAAGUGGGUCAUCUACACGGCCUAUUUUCUGAGCAUCAACAUCUUGAACAACACGGCGUUCCGGUACAAGAUUGGGAUCCCUCUACACAUCAUCCUGCGGAGCGCCGGGCCCGUGACGACCAUGCUGGCCGGCAGGUUUGUCAAAGGACGGAGGUACCCCGCGCAGAAGGUGGUGGCCGUGGUCUUGCUUUUCGUGGGCGUCGUGGUCGCGGCGUUCAGCGACGCGGCGGCGAAGCAGACCGCCGUCCAGGCCACCACCGCCGCAGUCCACGAAGACGACGGAAUAGCCGCAUCAACACGGCCGUCGACCGGAGCUGCUGCUGGGGGAGGCACAUUGUCCCAGACCCCGGGUUUCGCGUUGCUCGCGUCGGCGCUCGUCCUCUCGGCCUGCAUGGGCCUCUACUCCGACGACAUGUACGCUACACACGGCCGGUCCGGGGACAUCACGGCGGAGACCCUCUUCUACAGCCACGCCAUGUCAUUGCCCUGGUUCCUCGGCCAGAUCCGGCCCCUCACGUCCGAGUUCUUCGACUUGAUGGCCGUCCCCGUACAGUCGAAGUCGAGUUUUUCUCCAGCAGCAGCAGCAGCAGCAGCGCCAUCAUCUCCAUUCUCGUCACCCUCGGUUCUUCUCGACCGUCUCUCGUCCACAAUCCUGCUCCCCCGCCCGGUUCUGCUCCUCGCAGCCAACGCGGCCACGCAGCUGCUCUGCAUCGUCGGCGUGAACAGGCUAUCAGCCCAGUCGUCGUCCCUGACGGUGAGCAUCGUGCUGAACAUCCGCAAGCUCGUCAGUCUGGUGCUGAGCAUCUGGCUGUUCGGGAACGAGUUGCCAUGGGGCGUGCUGCUCGGGGCGGCCGUCGUCUUUGUAGGAGGCGGACUGUAUGCCUUGCCUGCGCGGGAGACAAACAAGGGGCACGAGAAGACGAAAAAGAAGACGAAAUGA